AUUAGUUUGGUUGCUUUCGCUUGGUCAUUACGUCAUUAUGACAUCACUGCAAACUGAGGCCAAGGCAUCCUCUGUGGGGUCCCCCACGUCAAACGGGUCCGGAUCCACGUCCGGCAGAAAGACGCUCGAUUUGGAGCCAAACCCUUUCGAGCAAUCGUUUGCUGGCCCCACGGAACAGGGCUCGUUGGCAAAGCCCAAACAAGCCAACCGCAAGGAUCCCAAGCUCCACACCUCCACCUCCCCCCCGGUACUGACGCCCGGAGGCACCCGACGUACAACCACGUCCAACAUGCUGCCUCCCCUGCCAGGUAUCAUGUCACCCGGUGCGCCCUCAAUUCCCGGCACCCCAGGCAUGUGGUCCAGCAUGUUCCAGGGCCCGUCCCAGCAAAUGUUGCCAUUUGCCUAUCCCGUGGGGCCAUCUGCAACUACAGGGUCUAAUGGGGCACCCCCUACGUCAUCUCAGCAACAACAGAUGUACAACCAGAUUAUUGCUAAUGCAAAAAGAACAGGCCUUACUCCAAACGAGAGCUCAUUGCGAACAGGGCUCACUCCAGGAAGUAACAACUCUCUCGCAAACCACAACUAUAACAUGCUCAUGUCGUCAGGCCCUUUCACACCUGGCGGCCUCUCCUUCCUCAACAUGCCUCCGGUGAAAACCGAGGACAAGCACGAACCACACGAGCCAGCUUCGCAUUCGGCACCCUCUGCUCCCGCACCAGAGACAGGCGAACCGAAACCAAAGAAACAAAAGACAAAGAAGACCAAAGAGUCCACAGAGCCCACCUCUGAAAACGGCUCCAAAAACGAUAGCCAGGACGAGGAAAAGAGAAAAAGCUUCUUGGAAAGAAACAGAAUCGCUGCGUCAAAGUGCAGACAGCGAAAAAAACAGAUGGUGCAGAAGAUGCAACAGGAACUCAACUUCUAUUCUGCGCAGUACGACACGCUGACCCAGCAGGUCGCCGCCCUGCAGGACCAGGUCAAGACGUUGCACUCCAUACUGUACAGCCACAAGGACUGCCCGACGCUGACGGAGCAGAUGGGCGGCGUAGAGAAUACCAACAACGUGCUCGGGGUGUUUGCGCCCGUCCACAUGGUGCCAGCGGUGCCGCAAAUGAUGCUCGUACAAGAUAACUCUCGACAGGAGGGCCCCAAGUGAGCACUACACCCGUGCACCAGAAGGCGGUAUAGACACCAGCUAAUUUUUCGGAAACCGUCCACCUCCUUCUUAUCGCUGAGAAUGUCGUUUGGCUACGUGAAGAACGCGGGCAAGUUUUUGUGCAUUGGCCGCAACUACCUGGCUCACAUCAAGGAGCUGAACAAUGCCAAACCGUCCGAGCCGUUUUUUUUCCUCAAGCCAAAGUCGUCUGUGCUUCUUCCUAAACAGGGGCCGGUGCUAGUGCCUCGAGGCACCGUUGUCCACCACGAGGUGGAGCUGGCCUGUGUUGUCGGGAAGACGCUCAGAGACCUUGACCCUGCUAGCUUCACGCCCUCGGACGCCCUAGAUAGCAUCAAGGGUUACGCCUUGGCAAUUGACAUGUCUGCCAGAAACGUCCAGGACGAGAUGAAGAAGAAGGGGCUUCCCUGGACGAUUCCAAAGGGGUUCGAUACAUUUAUGCCCUUAUCUGGGUUCAUUGGAAAAGACCAAAUUACAGACCCAUACAACGUGGAGCUGAAUCUGACGGUGAACGGCCAGACUCGUCAAAAAGACAUGACAAAUUUGAUGAUAUUUUCUAUCCACCGCAUUUUGACCACCAUGUCGUCAAUCAUGACCAUCGAGGAGGGUGACGUAAUCCUCACAGGUACGCCAAAGGGCGUUGGGCCAAUAGUUCCAGGAGACAAAAUCGAGGCCUGGGCCGAGGUUGACGGCAAAAGACUACCAGAGAGUGUUUUGGAGUUGGACGUGGCCGAGAAGCCUGGCCCGUAUUUCUACCAAACUAAAUAAUAUAACUGUAUAUCAAUAUCUAGUGUCC